CCCCACCAAGUCCUGGUAUCGGAAGACCGGAAGUGUGCGCCGUAGUGGCGGGUCCCCCUAGAAUUGGCACCGGAAGUAACCAUCGCUGGAGAAGGAUUCCGUCAGCUUCAGCAUGGCGGCUAUUCCCCCGGACUCCUGGCAGCCACCCAACGUUUACUUGGAGACCAGCAUGGGCAUCAUCGUGCUGGAGCUGUACUGGAAGCAUGCCCCAAAGACCUGCAAGAACUUUGCUGAGCUGGCGCGUCGAGGCUACUACAACGGCACCAAAUUCCACAGAAUCAUCAAAGACUUCAUGAUCCAGGGAGGCGACCCGACAGGGACAGGUCGAGGUGGUGCAUCCAUCUAUGGCAAACAGUUUGAAGAUGAACUUCAUCCUGACUUGAAAUUCACUGGGGCUGGCAUUCUCGCAAUGGCCAAUGCCGGGCCAGACACCAACGGCAGCCAGUUCUUUGUGACGCUCGCUCCCACCCAGUGGCUGGAUGGCAAGCACACCAUUUUUGGCCGAGUGUGCCAGGGUAUCGGAAUGGUGAAUCGAGUGGGAAUGGUGGAAACCAACUCCCAGGACCGCCCUGUGGACGAUGUGAAGAUCAUUAAGGCAUACCCUUCCGGGUAGACCCACUGCCCUUGGCAAGCACCCCCAGGUCUUCGGGGAGGGCCCCAGCUGCAUGACACAGAAUGACAACUAACUGUACACUCCUUUGGUUUAGCCUCCAGUACCAUGGAGUUAGGGAGGCCUGGGACCCCCGACAAGUUGGGGAUGGGCAGGCACUCUCACGGGACGGGGCUCUUCUCACCUGCACCUGGGUUGACGGGGCCUUUGCAGGAGUGUUCGCCCACCCGUCAGGAGUGACUGCACUGCUCCUGUGUCUGCUGCGACCCACUUGGAGCAGAACAAAGCCGACUCCCUUCUGAGUGCCUGGACCAAGCUUCUCUUCCCAAGAGAUUCUCAUUCUGUCCUACACUGCAGUCAUUCGGUAGCUGACAGCCACUCAGUUCUAAACCAAGUCAUGUCUGAGGCUUUUUUCCCUCUGUGCACGCCCCCCUGCCUGCCUCCUGCAUCUGUAGGGGAGGGAUGCCUCUCUGUUUUUUUCCCUCAAAACCAGAAAUCAACGCUGCUGUGCCUGACACUCAGCCAUCCCACACAGAGGCACGUUGAAUUUUUGCCAAGUGAAAAAUGGAUCCAGCAAUCAAGUUUCUGGGGAAGGUGUCAAGGGAGGAAUGAUAAUGCGCAAUAAUCAAGACGUGAAUUUAUUAAAAGGAAGCUGAAGCGUUGACCAUUUGUUUCCCCAGAAGGAGUAGAAUCUGCAGUGAGCACAAAAAGAAUUUUCCUUAAAAAGCAGUUGUCUGGAACAGAAGAUGAAGUUUUUGUUAACAUAAAACUUGUUUUGAAAAAUUAGACAAGAUUUUUU